AUGAAAGUCUUAUUAAUUUGCAUUGCUGGUCUUUUAUUACUAUGUUCUGUAAAUGCUAUCAGUGACUAAGAAAUAGCUGAUAAAGAUGCUUGUAUUAAAAGCUUACCUAAUCCUUGCUAAGAUUCAGAUACUGCAUGUAAAACUGAGCUAAAUAAAGUCACUACAUGUUUUAAAGCAGUAGGUUAAUACCCUACUUUUAAGGAAUUAGCAGACAAAGUAAAAUCUACUUGUAAAUCUGACAAUUCUUAAGUUCAAAAACAAAUCGAUGGAGUAGUUUCAUGUCUUUCUUCAAGCAUUAUUGUAUUUUAUUUUCUUGCAGCUAUCUUAGCUUUCAUUUUCUGA